GUGAACCAAGAGUAAUUACUCCCGGACCGGAUUCUUCGAAGUCAGUUUACACAGUUCAACUCCUUACAAUAUUCCCUGCUCCCAGGUAGACCUCAAUCCAGAACUGUUCUUAAACAUCGAGAGAUGGGCGUCAAUUAAUUGAUAGUUCCAUACCAGCUGGUCAUAAAGUUACAUUCACUUGUAAACAUUUGGAAUCUAUGAAGUGUGCUUAUAUCCUUGCAGACUAAACCAGUAGUGUAUCAGGAAGUGCACUUAUGAAAUACAAAGAACAUAUCCACAUAGAUACUGAAGAUUGAAAAAGAGUUGCAGCGGUAUACUCAGUUGCUUUCAGAGAGCGGUAGUUUGAAUAAUUGAGAUGGCCUGUACAAAGACUAAACGUCGUGCUCGUAAUCGCACUCAGCGAUUCACUUCCAAUGUCUUCUCUAUGUUCAAUGAAGCUCAAAUCAGCGAAUUCAAGGAAGCAUUCCUAAUGAUUGAUUCCACCAAAGAUGGCGUGAUCGACAAGCAUGACCUGGAGGAUAUUUUCAUUUCAUUGGGGAAAUCACCAAACGAUGAUUAUUUGAAUGACAUGCUUUCUCAGGCACCUGGUCAGAUUAACUUCACAAUGUUCUUAACAUUAUUUGGUGAAAAGAUGAUGGGAUGUGAUCCGGAGGAGACGAUAUUGAACGCGUUUGCUUGUUUCGAUCCUGAAGGGACAGGCGUGAUAAGUGAGAAUCGAUUACGUGAAUUAAUGACAACAAUGGGUGAUCGAUGGUCGAAUGAAAAAGUUGAUGAAUUGUUUCAUGGUGCACCAAUACAUGAUGGAAAUUUCGACUAUAAAGAAUUUACACGAAUGAUAAUGCAUGGACAAGAAGAGGAGGAAGAGGAAGGUAAAGGUAAUGAAUCCUGAACAGCGAUAACAACCCAACAUUCCACUAAUAUAAUCAGAAAAUUGUAUUCCACUCAUUGUUUUUUGCUUCUAAAAUGAAAGAAAACUUCUUAUAUGACAUUUUCAAUGUUAUUUUUAUAUAAUUUAUU